CACAUAGAAUCCUUUUUUUUUCCUUUCCUUUUCUUUAUUUCUUUAUAGAACAAAUAUUUGAAGCGAUUGAAAUUAUUCCUUGAAACAUGAGUUAGUGGAAUUGCGUAUAAAUGUAAAGCUAUCUUCUUUAUGCAAAGCCAAACCUCCAAGAACUUAUACACAUUUUACACCUUCAAAUAAACUCUCCCCUUUUUCUUCUUCAUUCUUCUCUUAAAACUCAAUGAUCCUUUCAAUCUUCCCCAUUUAUAUACUUCUCUUCUUCCCCUUCUCGAAUACCCACUUCAAAUUCUCCCUGUUUCUUUAGUUUUGUGUUGUCAGUUUUCACUAUGGCUCUCUUUUUCUACUUCUUCUUACUAAACUCUUUGAUUUCUCUUGCCAUCGGAACUGAUCAAUCGCAGUUUUUCUCUUUGAUGCAAAAGGGUGUCAUCGGGAAUUCUCUGCCUUCCGAUUGGAUUGGAAACUCGUUCUGUAAUUUCACCGGUGUUAGCUGUAAUGAAAAUGGGUUAGUGGUCGGAAUUGAUCUCUCAGGCAGGGCGGUUUCCGGGAGGUUUCCGGUGGAUGUUUGUUCUUAUUUACCGGAGUUGAGAGUGCUGCGGCUGGGACGGAGUGGCUUACGUGGAACUUUUCCACGUGGGAUAACGAAUUGCUCUGUUUUGGAAGAAUUGGAUAUGAAUUCUCUGUCUCUGACUGGGACGUUACCGGAUUUCUCGCCGUUGAAAACUUUGAGGAUUCUCGAUUUGUCGUACAAUAAUUUCACCGGUGAAUUUCCGUUGUCGGUUUUCAGUUUAACGAAUCUGGAGAUGUUGAAUUUCAACGAGGAUAACAAUUUCAACACGUGGCAGUUGCCGGAGAAUGUGUCCGGCUUGACGAAGUUGAAAACGAUGGUGUUAACGACUUGUAUGCUGGAAGGCCGAAUUCCGGCGACGAUUGGGAACAUGACGGCGCUGGUUGACCUUGAAUUAAGCGGAAAUUUCCUCACCGGAAAAAUCCCAAGAGAAAUCGGGAAUUUGAAAAAUUUGAGACAGUUGGAGCUUUAUUACAAUUCAUUAGUCGGAGAAAUACCAGAGGAACUUGGGAAUUUAACAGAGCUCGUGGACCUGGAUAUGUCGGUCAACAAAUUGAUUGGGAAACUUCCAGAGUCGAUUUGUCGUCUUCCUAAGCUUGAAGUUCUUCAACUUUACAACAACUCAUUAACAGGGGAGAUUCCAAUUUCAAUUUCAAAUUCAACGACACUCACUAUGUUAUCCCUUUACGACAACUACAUGACGGGACAAGUUCCAAGUAAUUUGGGUCAAUUCUCGCCUAUGGUGGUUCUCGAUUUGUCGGAAAAUGAUUUCUCCGGUCCAUUACCGACAGAUGUCUGUGGAAAAGGUAAAUUAAUGUAUUUCCUCGUGUUGGAUAAUAAAUUUUCCGGUCAAAUCCCACCGUCGUACGGCAAAUGCCAGUCCCUUUUACGGUUUCGUGUUAGUUCGAAUAUUUUGGACGGUCCGGUGCCGCUGGGACUUUUGGGUCUUCCUCAUGUUUCGAUUAUUGAUUUUGGUAACAAUAAUUUGAGCGGUGAAAUUCCCAAUUCUUUUGUUAAAGCGAGGAAUCUUUCGGAAUUGUUUAUGCAGAGUAAUAAGAUUUCCGGCGUCUUGCCGUCGGAAAUUUCUAAAGCCACCAAUUUAGUUAAGAUUGAUCUUAGCAACAAUCUGUUAUCUGGUCCAAUUCCUUCUGAAAUUGGGAAUCUCAGGAGGCUAAAUUUGUUGCUUUUACAAGGAAAUCACUUAAAUUCUUCAAUACCCCCUUCACUUUCUGAGCUUAAAUCUCUGAAUGUUCUUGAUUUAUCCGAUAAUCGAUUAACGGGUACUAUCCCAGAAAGUCUCUGUGAAUUACUACCGAAUUCAAUCAAUUUCUCAAACAAUCAACUCUCUGGUCCAAUUCCUCUGUCUUUAAUCAAAGGUGGGUUAGUUGAAAGCUUUUCCGGCAACCCAGGAUUAUGCGUUUCAGUGUAUUUAGAUUCAUCAGAUCAGAAAUUCCCAAUUUGUUCUCAAAAUUACAACAAAAAGAGAUUGAAUUCCAUCUGGGCAAUCGGAAUAUCGGCGUUCAUAAUCUUCAUCGGAGCUGCUCUGUAUUUAAGACGACGAUUCAGCAGAGAAAAAUCAGUAAUGGAACAAGACGAAACACUGUCAUCAUCGUUCUUCUCCUACGAUGUGAAAAGCUUCCACCGAAUCAGCUUCGACCCAAGAGAGAUAAUCGAAUCAAUGGUAGAUAAGAACAUCGUCGGCCAUGGCGGCUCCGGUACGGUGUACAAAAUAGAGUUAAGCAGUGGGGAAAUCGUAGCCGUGAAAAGGCUGUGGAGUCGGAGGGGGAAAGAUACGACGUCAGAUCAAGAACAGUUGUAUUUGGACAAAGAACUGAAAACAGAGGUGGAAACAUUAGGGAGUAUAAGGCAUAAAAACAUAGUAAAAUUGUAUUGCUAUUUCUCAAGCUUGGAUUGCAGUUUAUUGGUUUAUGAGUAUAUGCCAAAUGGGAAUUUAUGGGAUGCUUUGCAUAAGGGUUGGAUUCAUUUGGAUUGGCCAACAAGGCAUCAAAUUGCUUUGGGUAUAGCCCAAGGCUUGGCUUAUCUUCAUCAUGAUUUGUUGCCUUCUAUAAUUCACAGAGACAUUAAAACAACAAAUAUUUUGUUGGAUGUCAAUUAUCACCCUAAAGUUGCAGAUUUUGGUAUUGCUAAGGUUUUGCAAGCUAGAACUGGCAAGGAUUCCACCACCACUGUCAUCGCCGGCACUUAUGGUUAUCUCGCUCCGGAGUAUGCAUAUUCAUCAAAAGCUACAACAAAGUGCGACGUGUACAGCUUCGGAAUCGUGUUGAUGGAGUUGAUAACGGGGAAGAAGCCGGUGGAGGCGGAGUUUGGGGAGAACAAGAACAUCAUAUAUUGGGUUUCAAACAAAGUAGACACAAAGGAAGGAGCCAUGGAGGUUUUAGACAAAAGAGUUUCAAGUUCAUUCAAAGAUGAGAUGAUUAAAGUUCUAAGGAUUGCAAUUCGUUGUACAUACAAGAAUCCAGCCCUUAGACCCACCAUGAAAGAAGUGGUUCAGCUGUUGAUUGAAGCCGACCCUUGCACAUUCGAUUCUUCUCAUAACAAAUGCUCCAAACACACCACCACCAAAAUCAACAACCCGUUUGACUUAUGAGACCCUUUUUCUUCUUAACCCCAUCAACCCUACUAAUCUUCAACUCAAUGGUAUAGCAUCUUUAUAUUUAUAUAUAUAUAUAUAUGAUUUACCAA